AUUUUCAGCAAGCACCAUAACACAACCGAGAGAGGGAGAGAGAGCGAGAAGGAGAGAAACGGUGAAAAGAAACGGGCUUGCUUUGCCAAGAGGACAGCAGGGCAUUAUGGAUGCGCAAGCGAAAGCUGCCUUUAAAAAGGCACCUGUGGAGAGGACGUCGAGGUCGAAAUUACGCACCGAUCGUUCUGUUUUUUAAUAAGGCGGCUGGGACGGAAAAGACGGGAAAAAAAAAUCUCCAACCCGGCUGCAAAUUCUGCAUGCCUGCGAUGGCUGCUCCGUUGCGAUGCUGCUACAGUGUCGGGGAGAACGUGCCUUUGUCUUUCUAUUUGCUUAUUUUCAUGCUCAGUGUCCCUACAAAUGGACAGGUUCGAUACACCAUCCCAGAGGAACUGGAGACCGGGGCUGUGAUUGGUGACAUUGUGCGUGAUUUGGGACUGGAUCUGAAAAAAGUUUCAGCCCGACGCAUCAGAAUCACGUCGGAUAGUGGACGGAGAUAUUUCAGCAUAAAUCAUAAAACUGGGAAACUGGUGGUGAGUGACCGCAUCGACAGAGAGACAGUUUGUGAAUUUAGUGGCACGUGUUUACACAACCUGGAGGUGGUUUUGGAGAAUCCGAUGGAGGUGCACAAAGUGGAAGUUGAGAUUUUGGAUGUUAACGACAACGUGCCGCAGUUCCCGCGAGAUGAAUAUCAGCUUGAGGUGUCAGAGUCCGCGCACGCAGGGUCACGGUUCCACAUUGAAGGAGCUCAAGAUGUGGAUGAUGGGUCUAAUUCUGUCAAACUGUACCGCUUGAGCUCAAAUGACCACCUCGCACUGGACUCCAUAAAACCUUUUGCCAAACAUAAGCACAUUGAUCUUAUUCUCAAAAAGCCCUUUGACCGUGAGCAGAUGUCCUCUCAUCAGUUCAUCCUGACUGCAGUGGAUGGAGGCACACCACCGAGAAGUGGCACAGCCAUAAUCAAUGUACGAGUCCUUGACUCCAAUGACAAUGUACCUGCUUUUGACAGCUCCGUGUACAAAAUAAAACUUCUUGAGAACUCUCCAAAGGGGACACUAGUGAUCAAAUUAAAUGCAACUGACCCCGAUGAAGGCUCCAAUGGGAAAGUUUUUUACUCCUUCAGCAGUUACACUUCAGAGAGGGUCAGGCAGAUGUUUUCUAUCGACACAGAUACAGGUGAAAUUCGUGUGCAAAACAAUAUAGACUACGAGGACACAACUUCAUAUGAGAUGUACAUCCAGGCGAUGGACAAAGGGCCAGCUCCAGUGCCAGUGCACUGUAAAGUUGUUGUGGAAGUUUUGGAUGUGAAUGAUUGUAUUCCUGACAUUGUGUUGUCUUCACUCUCCAGCCCUGUACGUGAAGAUGCCCGGGUUGAUGCAGUUGUCGCCUUGAUUAGUGUAAAUGAUCGUGAUUCUGGACAAAACAAACAAGUAAGCCUUGAUCUCAUGCCCGAAGAUUUGCCUUUUAGAAUCAAGUCCUUUCGGAAUUACUACACGAUUGUGAUAUCUGCUUUUCUGGACCGGGAAACUAUUUCAUCCUACAAUGUUACGAUCACUGCCAUUGACAAAGGAAGUCCACCCCUGUCAUCUCAUAUGAGCCUUACAGUGGAUAUUGCGGAUGUGAAUGAUCACCCACCUCGAUUUGAGCAGACUUCGUACACUGUUUAUAUAAUGGAGAAUAAUGCUCCCGGUGCCACUCUUUGUGUGGUUAAGGCUACAGAUGCCGAUACUGCAGAAAAUGCACGCAUAACCUAUACUGUCGUCAAUGACAAUAACCAUGGCAUCUCUGUAGCCAGCUAUGUUGGCAUCAAACCUAACACAGGAGAGGCUUAUGCCCUUCGAGCCUUUGACUUUGAGAAGCUAAGAGAGUUUCAUUUCCAGGUUAAAGCUCAAGACAAUGGUGUGCCGCCUCUCAGCCGUGUGGCCACGGUGUAUGUUUACAUCAUGGAUCAGAAUGACCAUGUGCCUAGGAUAGUUUACCCACCUGGCAAUGGAAGCACCACUACUGAGAUGCUGAUGAAAAAUGCUGAAGCUGGGGUAUUGGUUGCCAAGGUAGCUGCGUGGGAUGGUGAUGCAGGAAAGAAUGCGUGGCUGUUCUAUGAGCUGAAGCAGCCUCACACAGACUUGAACCUGUUUAAGAUGCACGAGUACACAGGCGAGAUCCGCACCACAAGACGUGUCAUUGAGGAUAACUCCACCUCCUUUGUUCUGACAGUGCUAGUGCAUGACAAUGGACUUCCUUCUCUCUCUUCCACUGCCACCAUUCAUGUACACGUGUUGGAGCUUCCACCAAAGUUGACCCCUGACCCCAAGCGCAUCAUCAGGCCCGACAGCCCCUUAAUGUUUUCAAAUGUCACCAUCUACCUCAUCAUUGCCCUCUGUGCCACCACUUUUGUAUUCCUGGUUACAGUCUUUGUGCUGGCCAUUGUGCGCUGCCAUGCCUACUGCACCCAGCCAGGUUCCUGCUCCCCAUGCUGUGUAUCUAAGAAGAGCAUGCCAGAGGGAAGUGGUUCAGCAGGUGGACAUGAAGGCGGAGGAAGAGGUGCAGGUGCAGUAAGUGGAGGGCAGCUGCACAGCAAUGUGGUGCUGCGGCGUGACCUCAAAGUCGAACCUCAUUUUAUUGAAGUGCGGCGUAAUGGGUCUUUAACAAGCUAUUGUUACAAGACUUGUCUGACUGCCACGUCAGGGAGUGACACUUUUAUGUUCUACAACACAGCACGUCCCCACAGUGGCACCUGGGGCUCAGGCUAUGUCACCAGCCACAGUGGACAGAGUCAAAUAUUUGUACGGCGCCUCAGCAUGCCAGAUACAACUGCUCUUCAGCCCAAGGUGCCUAAUGAGAACUGGAGAUAUUCAGCCUCCCUGAGAGCAGGCGGUGUAAUGCAAAGCUCAGUGCACAUGGAAGAGUCCUCUGUAAUGCAGGGAGCCCAGGGGGUCCUGGUUCAGAACUGGCCCACUGUAUCCAGCGCUGCUGAUGGUGAGGGAGGAGAGGUGUCCCCUCCAAUGGGUGCUGGUGUAGACAGCAACAGCUGGCACUUUCGCUAUGGCCCUGGGGGUCCAGGAGGCCCCCCACAGCACCUGAAGCCUGGAGAGGUCCCCCCUGAAGCUUUCAUCAUCCCUGGCUCCCCAGCCAUAAUAUCCAUCAGACAGAACCAGGGAGGAGAUGACGACAAGAGCGAUUUUAUCACAUUUGGAAAGAAAGAGGAGGCGAAGAAGAAGAAAAAGAAGAAGAAGGAGAAAAAAGACAAAAAGGAUAAGGGAAAGGAUGAUGGCGAUGAGUAGAGCAGCAAGAAAAAUAAAAGCAAAACAGGAAAGGGUGUUGUUAAAACAGAGGUACCAACCAAUGUCCACUGGUCAAGAAAAACAAAAGCUGUUGUGGAUUUUCAGCUCCAUUGUAUCACAUAGUUUAACAAAUUAUAGUUUAGUACUCUCUCUAUCAUGAAACUGGCCUCAUCAAUAAUUGAUUUACUUUCAGUUAUCUGCUGGAGUAAAUUAAUAUUGCCUUGAUAAAUAAUAUAAUAAUAUGAUAUAGUAUUUCCCACAUCCCUGUGUGCCUUCAAUCUAACCUAAAUUACAAUAUUCUUUCAGUUAGAACAAUUAUUUAUCCUUGUAAAAUGUUUCAUAAUUUUACCCAAUGGGCACACUGGCACCUCUGUCUUACCCCCCCUGCCCAACUGUGAUGUGUAAAACACUAUCUCUGAGAGAACAUAAAUGCGUCAUAGAAAAAUAACAUAAAACUCUGUGCCAGCUCAUGAAAUGAAGUAAAACACUCACAUCUAAGAGAAAUGUAUGAAAUCUGAAGCUGGACACUCAUUACUUGUAAAUAGCCCAGGAGAGAGUCACUGAAACUAAGGCUAACAUGACAGCAAUGCAGUUUAUCUGGUAACUACCAACAGUGUUUCCUGAGAUCUCAAUAAAACCACAUACACGAGAUGCAUGCUUACACUAUAAAACAUGCAAUCACAGGUCUACACGUAGGACAAUGUGGACUCAGAAAGCACUUCAUGCCUAAAAAGAGAGAUUUUAAAAAA